CAAGGCGGUAACCAGGAAGUGAAGUUCAGUUUUGACAGAGAGAUGUUUACAGGAGUUUACUGCUGUUAACUUCCAUCGUUUGGACCACAGGACGGUCAGUAAGGACCGUCUGCUUGACCAACGACACACAACACGGACAUGAAAAUGCAGACUGCACGAAAACGUCGUGGAAACGAUUCACAGCAGCCAACACAAAAUAGCACUCCCAGUGGUCUGAAGGAAAAUGUGGUGCAGCAGAAAAGGCAGCACUUCCACUUUGACCUAUGGUUCUGUCUGACUCUGCAGAACUGGAUACUGGAUUUUGGGAGGCCUAUUAUCAUGAUCAUCCUUCCUCUGGAGUGGUUUCCCCUGAACAAGCCCAGUGCUGGAGACUAUUUCCACAUGGCAUAUAAUGUGAUUACACCAUUUCUGAUGCUCAAGCUGAUUGAGCGCAGUCCAAGGGCGCUGCCUCGCUCAGCCAUCUACCUCUGCAUCAUCACUUUUGUCAUGGGAGCCAGCAUUCACCUGGUGGGAGACUCCAUCAACCACCGGCUCAUCCUGAGUGGCUACCAGCUCCACCUGUCAGUCAGAGAGAACCCCAUAAUCAAAGACCUUAAGCCUGCCUCACUGAUUGACUCCUUUGAGCUGCUUUAUUAUUAUGAUGAACAGCUGGGACACUUAAUGUGGUAUAUUCCUUUCUUCAUCAUUCUAUUCAUCUACUUCAUCGGCUGCUUCACAAAGGCCAAAGAACAGAAGACUAUUCCCGUCUCUGGCUGGCUGUUGCUGGGACCCAGCGCCUUCUACUAUUGGUACUUGGUCACUGAGGGACAAAUCACUGAACUUUUCCUCCUCACCUUCCUCGCCAUUGUGGCCACCGUGAUACAUCAACAUCGUAAAGGCGUCAGCCCAGACAGCAACGGCCUUUUCCUGCUGUACAGUUUCAGUGUAACUGUGCUCCUGGUGGCAGUGUGGGUGGGCUACCUGUGGAACGAUCCGGUGCUACGCAACAAGUACCCUGGACUCAUUUAUGUGCCAGAACCGUGGUCUUACUACACUUUGCACAUCAAGAAGCACUGAAUUACAUUGGUCCAGGUCUGGCCUCACUGCCUCCUCUGUCUGUUUCUGUAUUGAUACACACAGACUUUAACUGGUCAGGGUUGUGAAGUUUGGUGAAAAAGUCACCCUAUUUGAUACUGAGAAUCACUGUUUUAAUGUAAGGUAGAAGUUAACCCACAAAACAUUUCUGGAGCAUCACAGCAUUCAUCUAAACACCCGAAGUAUAUGGAGACUUGUUUUAAAAUCUCUAGAAGCCCCAAGUUCCAGAAACAGAUGUUAAAGACAUUAUCUUGUCCCUUUUUAAAGCCAAAAUCUUCACUGUAGCUGCUUAGCUAAAAGCAUUAGCACACAUUUCAUCUACAGAGGGUGCACAAGCUCGGCUGUGAACUGAGGAUGUAAACAAUCAAUUUGGGUUCUCAGGGCUUCCGGAGACUUGGACAAAAGACUUGCUUUAAAGAGCCAAUUUAUGUUCUUUUGGGGUUUUGUUUUACAUUUUUAAAAGUCUCCAGCUACCUCACAUGUUCAGGAGAAAGCGCUGUGUUGCAGUGAAGCUCCAGAAAUGUUCUGUGGACUUCAGAACUUCACCUGACAUCCCAUCAGCAUGGGCGCGAGUAGAUAAUUACCGAAUAUUCAUUUUUGCGGAAACUUAUCCUUUAAUGUUAAGGAUUUGAAAAGUUUCAUCGUACUUUACUUUUACCAUCCCUCAUGUCAGUACAGGCAUAUGUUAGCAACUGAUUAAAUAGUCUUAACUCAGACAAUCUGGGGCCUUCAGGGCUCCUGCAUGUUUAAGACCCUGGGUUGUUCUUGCUCCUUUGAUCGCUUCGUAAGCGUCAACAGAAGCAAUGUCAACUGUUCUCACUGUGUUAAAAUGAGUAUAGCAGACUGAUCACUUGGCGGUUAAGAGGCAGCAUGAUGCACUGAAAAAGGAGAAAAACAUUUCUUACCUUGCUUUAUCAUCGCCAAAGAAUACAAUCGAUCCAUGACUGAAUGCUGUGAUGUUUAUCUUUAAUGACCCAGAAGAAAUUUGUUCUUAAUAAGUUGACUGCCAGUUCCAGCUGGUCCUGUUUGGCAUCUGAGAAAGUAAAGCAGAAAAGGAUGACACUCCUCAUUGAUUUUCCAUACACACUCUUAUCUUAAAGUUGUUUUGCACUUAUCAAGCUUGAUUCACAAACUUUAAUGUCAAGAUAAAGAUGUUGGGUACUAAUACAGAUAAAACAUUUUUUUAUAAUAACAAAAUAAAAGUUAUAAAAUAAGGAUAAAACAGCAAUAUGAAGCCAAAAGAUUAUAAAACAAGAGAGAAGGUGAAAUCAGUAUGGUGAACUCUGAUGGAGACAUGAGUGAGAAGUAUUAUCUGAACAACAGGGUCAAAUAUGUUUUAAAUUUGGAUUUGUUAGGUAAAAUGAACUUCACUCUUCUUAAUGAAUAUUAAUGACAAUAAAAAAGAAAAAACUUUCUCUCAGGUAUUUAAGGUUUCGUGCUUUGACAGAAUUAUAUCAGUAUUGUUUAGUAUGAAAAGUGAACUGUUUUAUUUCCAUAUGUGGUCUUUGUAACCCAGCUCUAUUGCCAAUGCACACUCGUUACAGUAUUGCAUUAUUUGUGUAAGUAAUGUACAGUAAUACAAAGUACAGAGGGAAAUUGAGCCUAUUGUCCUGAUUGUUGUGACAUCACAGAAAGGUGAGCAGAUGACUUAUAAAUUAAAACCCUUUUGUUUUUGCUUUUGUAAAAGCAACAUUUAUAGUUAUUGCACUUAGAGUAAAGCUGGAUGUUUUAUGUUUCUACUGUAUUGUCUCAUGUUAAGAUGUUCCUGGUUCCUCACUGGUUAGAUUUUAGGUUUAUUUUAAAUAAAAUGGUGAAACAUA